AUGGCCAGUAUUCACCUCAAUCACACCAGAACUAACGGUGCUAUAAGGGAUGAGAUGAUCAAUAUGUUAGAUACCAGUGUCAAAAUGGAAAAGCAGCAGAUAAAGAGAGACAAGACUUCGCUCUGUGAGGAAUUUUAUCUCUUCGGAGAUACCAGCUCUGUUCACGGGAUUAAGUAUGUGACGGAACCAUCUUCAGGUUGUUUUAGGCGGCUGGUUUGGUUGCUGUUGCUUUUGGUGUGUCUUGGAGUACUCGUGUACCAGAUAAUAGAUCGAGUCUGCUACUUCAUCAGUAAUCCAGUCACUGUCAAUGUUCAGGUCAACUACAAUAGCUCACUUAUCUUCCCAGCAGUGACCAUAUGUAACCAAAAUGCUUUCAAGGCUACUUUUGCAGCUGCAGCAGGCCGGUAUAAAUUGAUUGAAGACAUGUUUACUGAACCUGAAAAUUUUAAUUCAGAGAGUCUUAAGAAAUACUUAGCGGAGAAUACAACUCUGAAGGAUCUCUAUUUACAAGGAGCACAUAAACGCAAAGACUUCUUAUUCAAGAUAGUGUGGAUGGGCCAGACAUUGACAGCAGACGACUUUGAACAAUACGUCACAGAUCAUGGCGUCUGUUAUACUUUUAAAAGCAACAAUGAGAGAGUUUCUUCUCCAGGUAUUGAGAAUGGCCUUCGUCUGACUCUAAACAUUGAGCAGUAUGAGUACAUGCCGGGUCCCCACGACGCGGCAGGAAUAAAAAUGCUCAUACACGACCACAAGGAUAUUCCAAUGGUACACGCUCUAGGUCAGGCCAUUUCACCCGGGUCCAGGGUCUUUGUGGGAAUGAAAGUCAUAGAGCUGGAGAACCUUCCAGAACCUCACGGUACUUGUCAUGAGAAGGCGUUGGAGUACAUAGAUACCUACAGUACUGAUGCCUGCCGUUUAGACUGCUUGACGAAAAGAGCCAAGAAAAUCUGUGGUUGCCGGGCCUUGUACAUGCCUCAUAAAAAUGGCGAACCACCAGUGUGCAGACUAGAUCAGUACUAUGGGUGUCUUAAAAACGUCAUAGAAACGUUUCCAACAUUAUUUCAUAAACUAUGUUCUUGUCCCGUUUCAUGUAAGUUCCGGGUGUUCGAAACAGACUUAUCAUAUGGUACAACGUCGGACUACAAUCUCAGAAAAUAUUUGUCUUCUAAUGAUACCUCUAAAUUGGCUGCCGCUCUCUUAAAAGCAACUGAAGUCACAUCUAGAUAUGAAGAUUCAAAAAUAUCGAAAGUGAAGAAUUUUUACACCAACUUAACAACAAAUACUGAACAAGCAUCGUAUGUGUACAAUAGGCUUGUGAAAAUGGUUAAUCAUUUAAUGAAAAAGACGAACACGAUGUACAAAGAUAUGAAGAGACAUUUCAACUUUAAGGACUAUCUAUACAAAUUCCAAAUAUACAUAAUGGAGAAAAAUUUUAUGAGGGCACGUGAUGCAAUGGAAGAGCGUCACAUGCACAUUGUACCGCUGGCAUAUGCAGAAUUUAUAUUACAAAUCGAGAAAACGAUUCGAAAACUCACAGAUGCAAAAUUUCAGAAUGAUUCUUUUCGACUUUUUCUCUAUGAAAAUUUGAUGGAUAAGAUAGACAGUAGAAUUGAAAUCAUCGAGAGAGUCAUGGUGAACUAUACAUCUUUAAAAGAUGCUUACAAUUUAGGGGAGAAAAUAUUUAAUUAUCAAUUCAUGGACACACCACGGGAUCACAAUAACCCUGCAGCGCCUAAAAAAUUAAUGAAAGAUUCUUUAAAUCACAAUUUAUAUGCAAAUCAAUCAACAGAACGAUAUGAAAGACAUUUGAAUAGCACAGUGAAAGCAUUAAACCUAUGCAAAAAUUUGGCAGUAGUCGCUUAUUACUACGGAAUGCUUAAUGAUACAGAAUUAGGGCUUUGUGUGGAGGACUUUCGACAUGCCAUGCGAAACUGGGUGUUUGCACGAAGUUUAUUCUACUAUGAAAUUAUAGAUAGGCCUAAACGGAUACUUGAAGAGAAACUUGAACACUUUGAAUUAAAGUGGAACGAAUUUCAGUUGGUAUUUCAAAACCUCAAUCAAAGUAUAUACUCAAUACAUUCUGAAAACGCUGAUUUUGAUGAAGAUGUGUUGAAACCGAUAGAAAACAUGGAUCGUAACUUGGAGCAAUACUUAAGUGCAAAUGCAACAAAACUGGAUGUAGCACAAGUGUUUCUUUCUAACACAACAGACAGCAUUCUUACAGAAUUCCAAUUUUAUUUUCAAAUGUUAAAAAACAGACAAACGUCCCUCACAGACUGGAUAAGUAGACUGCAGUUUAUUUCGAGAGAUAUAUGGGAGAAUAUUAUAAAUGACGAAGAUUCUUGGGAAUAUUACGAGUUCGUCAAUAAAACGGAAUAUUUAACCAACUUAACAGAAGUUACAACCGAUUUGAAUGAAAGCUUCACAGCUAUUUUAGACUAUGUGAGAUUUUCCGAUGUGAUAGGAAGCAGCGACGCCCAGCUCUUAUCUACAUUCAAAAGCAUCGUAGAACAUAUGAAAGAAUUUAAGACUUCUUUGAAGAUAGAUAGCAAUUUUAUUAGGGACAACCUUCUGCAGAUAAAUAUUUUUUAUCGAGAGAUGAGUUACGAAAAAAUACAUCAACAAGUUGCUUACAGCAUGUUUUCACUAUGGUGUGACAUCGGGGGAACCAUGGGCCUGUUUCUAGGAGCCAGCUUUCUAUCCAUCAUAGAAAUUAUAGACUUUAUAUUACACAGAGGAAUUCAACGCAAAAGAAUGUCUUGAAAUCAUAGUACAUGGACUAUUAGCAUGGUUUAUAAAGUUAGUGGCUGAAUGGUACAUAAGAUUUGAAAUGUAGAAGAGACAACUCAUUUUCAGCA